UGGCCGGCGGGGUCGGCGGCACAUGGCGGCGCCCGGCGGCGCGACCACGGGGGGGGGUCCUGGUGUCCGGCCGUGACUUCUGACCUCUGUCCCGCCCGCCCCGACCCCGCGCUGAGCCCGCGGCGCCAUGAGGCUGCCCUGGGCCCGCGUGCUGCCCCGGGGGCUCUGGGGGGGCUGGGGAGCCCCGCAGGUUGCUCGGAGCAUGUGCCAGCAUGGCCGUCCGGAGGGGGACCCGGCAGGGCAGGCCUCGGGGGACACCUCAGGGGAUGCCUCGGGGGAUGCCUCGCAGAAGGCCUCGGGGGCCCCGGCGUGGCGUGGAACCCCCCGCGGGGCGCAGGGCGAGGGCCGGGGCCCUGCAGCCUUCGCGGCAGCGCUGGCGGCGCUGGAGCAGGCACCGGGGCGGCGCGUGGGGCGGCUGGAACUGGUGGCGGCGGCGCUGGCGGCGAUGCCGGCGCUGGGGGUGGCGCGGGACCGGGAGGCCUACCACCGCCUGCUGCGCCUGCUGCCCCGGGGGGUCUGGGUGCCCCGCGGGCCCUUCCAGCGCCUGCUGGCCCCCUUCCCCCGACAGCAGGAAUGCGGCCUCCAGAUCCUGGAGCAGAUGGAGCGAUACGGCGUGAUACCGGACGCGGAGACACGGUUUCUGCUCCUGGGGGUCUUCGGGCCCCGCAGCCGCCCUGUGCGCAAGUGUCAGCGGAUGCUGUACUGGCUGCCAAGGCUGCGCCAUGUGGACCCCCACCCCCUGCCCCCCAGCCUGCCCCCCUCUGGCCUGGCCACUGCCCACCUGGGCCUGCGCCGUAUUGCCAACGAUCCCGACGCCUGCAUCACUGUCUACCAGCGGCCAGUGCCGGAUGAGGGGGACGACGAGGGCUCCAUCCAGCCCUACAUCGUCGGUGCCCAGAGCCCGGACCAGCAGGCGCUGCUGGCCCGGCAUGGUCCGGCACGGCCCGUCUUCGUGGAGGGGCCGUUCCCCCUCUGGCUGCGCAGCACCCGCCUGAGCUACUACGUGCUGCGGGGGGACCCUCUGCCCCCCGACCUGCGGGAGGACCCCCCAGACCCAGAGCGCAGCCUGUACUACCCCCUGCACCUUGACCUGGACCUGGAGCGCGGCCCCUGGGACGACGACGACUUCGAUGUGGAGGAGGUGGAGGAGGGCCCUGUCUUUGCACUGUGCAUGGCAGGGGCGGGCGACCGGCACACGCUGGGCAAGUGGAUUGCAGGGCUGCAGGAGACGAACUCUGUCCUGGGGCGCACCCCGGUCGUCUUCCGCCUGGGGGACGGGGAACCCACGGCUGGUGCCCCCGGAGGUCACCCUGUGCCCUGUCUGGAGGCAGCGCCUCCCCAACCCGUGGUGCUGGGGCCCCCCGACCCACCGCGGGGGCACGGGCACAGCACCAGGGGUGAUACCAGGAGCGGUGGGGGGCCGGGUGCUCCCCCCGCAGCCCUGGGGGAAUAAAGGAAGUAUCGCCGAAGGAAA